AUGACCGACAAGCUCCCCCCUAACCUCCUUGCCCUCUUCGCACCGCGUCCUCCACUCCGCUACAUCCCUCCCAGUGACCGCGCGCCCGAGGAUUGUAAGAAAAGCACCAUCAGCGGUGUUGCUGCUCUACUUGGCGAAUUGAAAAAUUAUGGCGAGGAAGUGCCCUAUAAUGCUACCGAGAGCUGGCUACAGCGUCGCGCGCGUCAAAAGAUUGAGAAAAAGGAACGCAUAGAGCGGUUGAUUACAGAAGGAGUCGAGAAAUAUGAUCCUGCGACCGACGCGCAGAUUCGUGGAGACCCGUUCAGGACACUUUUUGUCGCGCGUCUCAGCUACGACGUCAAAGAGUCGGAUCUGGAGCGCGAGUUUGGACGGUUUGGUCCUAUUGAGAGGAUUCGCAUCGUCAAAGAUUCAGAGAAACCAAAUCCAAAGAAACCACAUCGAGGAUACGCAUUUAUUGUUUAUGAGCGCGAGAAAGACAUGAAAGCUGCCUACAAAGAAACCGACGGUCUUCGUUUAAAGGACCGACGAGUUUUGGUUGACGUCGAACGCGGCCGUACAGUCAAAGGAUGGAAACCGCGUCGCUUUGGAGGAGGUCUUGGCGGGCGUGGUUACACAAAGGCUGCACCAGCCCGUCCGAUGGGUCCCGGCGGCUUCAAUGCGCCAUCAGGCCCGGGUGGCUUCAGAGGUGGGUUUGGUGGACGAGGAGGAGGCUUCCGUGGAGGAUUCCGGGAUCGCGGAUUCGGCAAUCCUAGAGGAGGCGUGGGGUUCCAGGGGCGGAACGGAUUCGGAGGACAAGCUCCACCCAAUGCUCCCUCAGGUCCAGGAGGUGGUCGUGGCGGCGGUGACAGAAGAGGUGAUGGCAGGUUUGAUCGUGAUCCUCGAAGGACAACUGGUAGCAAUAACGAACCGGUAAGGCCGCGUGAAGCGUAUAGUGGUGGUGAUCGGGGUGGUGAUCGGGGCGGUGAUCGGGAUCGCCGUGACAGGGACAGGGACCGUGAUAGAGAUCGUGACCGCCACGAUAGAGACGGCGACCGACGUGAUCGUGACCGUGACAGCGCUUGGGACCGCGACCGAAACCGCCAUGGAGGAGGAAGAGAUGAUCAAUCCCGCAAGCGGUAUCAUGAGGGUGAUGGCUAUGACGACCCUCGCGCGAAGAGAAGGUAUUGA